AAAAAGGAGAACGUUGUUCUUGUGGGCCUUAUGCCAGGUCCAAGCGAAGCCAUGGCAAGCCAUAUAAACCAUUAUCUCCGUCCUCUUGUUGAAGAGCUUAACGAACUCUAUCCAGGUGUUAUUUUGCCUACCGCCCAAUGUCCUUCUGGCGCUGUUGUCCACGCUGCUAUACUUCUUGUCACUUGUGAUAUUCCUGCCGCCCGAAAGACAUGUGGAUUCACUUCACAUGCUAGUACCAACGCUUGCUAUCAUUGCAACUGGAAGUUUACUUGUAUUCCAAAUACAAGUAAGAUAGACUAUUCCGGAUUUGUGUUUUCCGAUUGGGUUCUUAGCACAGAUGAAGACAAUUGCCAUAAUGCUGAGAAGUGGAGAUGCGCAAUAACCAAAGUCGAAAGAAAGCGACUGGAAAAAGAGAAUGGAGUCUGCUGGUCGGAACUCCACUCUCUGAAAUACUUCAAUCUUGUCAAGUGUACACUGAUCGACCCCAUGCAUAACCUCUUCCUUGGGACAGCAAAG